AUGGAGUUAGCUGCAGAUUACUUAGAUGAGGGUAGAACCAUAUUUACAGACAACUGGUACACAUCAGUCAGUUUAGCAAAUGAACUUUUAAGCCGAUCAACAAAUCUUGUAUGUACAUUACGUUCUAACAGGAAGUUAAACCCGAAAGACGUAAUAAACGCUAAAUUAAAGAAAGGUGAAAUAAAAUCAAGCCAAAAUGAAAAUAAWAUUGUGAUUAURAAGUGGAAGGACAAACGCGAUGUACUUAUGUUGUCAACAAAACACAAAGACAAUUUAAUAGAAACAACUAAUAAACGUGCUUAA